AUGGAUUUUGGGGCACUGGAAACAGUGGUUGCCAAUUCUGCAUAUAUUACAGCACGUGGUAGUUUUGAUGGGGGCUUCAAUCCUCAAAUUACCCGGAACAAGAAGUUUCGUGCCAGGCUUAAGUUGUCUCCACUAUCGGAAUGCGAAUAUCUGAAGGAUCAGAUUGAUUUGGAAUUUGAAAAUAUUUGUAUAAAGCAGCCCAUUGGCAAGAAGUUAUUUCAGGAAUUUUUGGGAACAGUUGAUCAGUUCACUCCUGCAGUGGAGAUCUGGGGUGAUAUUGAGGAUUAUGAUGUUGCUGAGGAUGAGGACCGCUUGCAAAAGGCUACACGUAUCAUUAGUAAAUAUCUUGAUACUCAUUCAAAGUCAUAUUGUCACUAUUUAGAUGAAAAAGCUGUUGCACAAGUAACAGAGAACUGUAGCAAGGUCCCAGAUGGACUCUUUAAACAUCUACUUCAGUCUACCUUGGAUUAUUUAAAGGAAAAUGCAUUUCAGCAGUAUAAGGAAGGCAACUAUUUUUCAAAAUUCCUUCAAUGGAAACGGCUAGAAGCUCAGCCUGUUGGAGAGGACUGGUUUAUGGACUUUAGAAUUCUUGGAAAAGGUGGAUUUGGGGAAGUAUCUGCUACCCAAAUGAGAGCAACAGGCAAAAUGUAUGCCUGUAAGAAACUCAACAAGAAGCGCCUGAAGAAGAGGAAGGGAUUUGAAGGUGCCAUGGUGGAAAAAAAGAUUCUUGCCAAGGUUCACAGUAGAUUUAUUGUCUCUCUGGCAUAUGCAUACCAAACAAAAAAUGAGGCCUGCUUGGUUAUGACUAUAAUGAAUGGAGGUGAUUUGAGGUUCCACAUUUACAAUGUUGAUGAGGAAAAUCCAGGUCUUGAUGAGCCCAGAGCGCGUUUUUAUACUGCACAGAUUAUAUCUGGGAUGGAACAUUUGCACCAAAACAGGAUCAUCUACCGGGAUCUCAAACCAGAAAACGUAUUGCUAGAUAAUGACGGAAAUGUCCGUAUUUCUGACCUUGGGCUGGCUGUUGAAUUGAAGGAGAAGAAAAACAAAACCAAGGGAUAUGCUGGGACUCCAGGAUUUAUGGCUCCAGAACUAUUGAAUGGAGAAGAAUAUGAUUAUUCUGUGGAUUAUUUCUCUUUGGGUGUAACUUUAUAUGAAAUGAUUGCUGCACGUGGCCCAUUCCGAUGUCGAGGGGAAAAGGUUGAAAAUAAGGAUUUAAAGAACAGAAUCCUAAAUGACCCAGUGACAUACACAGAAAAAUUCAGCAAGGACUGCAAAUCCUUCUGUGAAAGCUUACUGGAGAAAGACAUGAAAAAAAGGAUUGGAUUUAGGAAUGGAAAUUGUGAUGAUUUGCGAGUUGUUCCUUUCUUCCAAAAAAUAAACUGGAGGAAACUUGAAGCUGGCAUUCUUCCACCACCUUUUGCCCCUGAUUCCAAAACGGUUUAUGCUAAGGAUAUUCAGGAUGUAGGAGCAUUUUCAACAGUGAGGGGGGUCAACAUUGAGGAUAAUGACAAGCAAUUCUUUGAUGAAUUUGCCUCAGGCAACAUCCCUAUACCAUGGCAAGAGGAAAUGAUUGAAACUGGUAUUUUUGAUGAACUAAACGGGGAAACAAAUGAUAUAGGAAAUUCCACAGCGAAUGACAACGCAGCUAAGUCUGGAGUAUGUCGAAUUGCAUAGA